GGGGAGGGCGAGAGACCCGAGCGAACUGUCAGUGUGCCAGCAGACGUGGUGGGGUGAGGUUGCACGUCGCCUUUCUCUCGACGCCUUGACUCGGGACCUUCCUGAACCUGUGACUCGUGUCGCCGCCUACACCUCACACUCCUAUUAUAAUGAAAUCCAAUCUGGAAAUAGACAAGAUCAGGCAUUAGAAGAGAGCACUAGCAGUGUUGGCGGUGAGUGUUGGCGUGAAGACCGAGGCCACAGCCCGGGCACGCGGGAACGCAGUGAAGAUGGAGUGUUCGGCAAGACACCCUCCAGUGGACGACAACAACAAUGCUCGCAGCAGGAGCCGCUGCGAAGGACACGACGAGAAAGACAACAGAAGUCACAGCGAAAACAGCAAUUGUUCCAGCACUCCGGACGGUCAGACGGAAUCACCUGGGGUCAAGUAUCAGUUGCGCCCCAGGUCAUACAAGUCACGCUACUUGUAUGACCCGGACUGGAGUCUGCCCGAACCCACGGGGCCCAAGACGCGGCCGCCACCGCUAUCCCGCUACCGCAGGAAGACAGCUAACGCACGUGAGCGGUACCGCAUGCGGCAGAUCAACACGGCCUUCGAGAGCCUGCGGGGCGUGCUGCCUUCGUGGGUGUGUCGUCGCCGCGCUGCUGCUGACAUGACCAAGAUUGCCACGCUACGACUCGCCUCCGCCUACAUCAGGUCCUUGCAGGACAUGCUAGACGGCAACGCGCCGCAGGACACGUGUGCCUGGGUCCUCUCAGGCAUCCUGAAGGAGGACUCCAAACCCAAGGAACCCCAGGCCACCCUGUGCCAUCCCAGCAGCGUACCUACCAAGACCCCGCAGCAGGACCCCGCCCACACGCCCCAAGACCCAGACCUGGUGACUCUCCUGUGCGGCGCCGCUGACUCAGGACUCUUCCAGGACAACCUCGAGUCGUUCCAGUACCUCACGCCCUCAAAUGACGCGGACACGUUUAACUUAAUCCUUGGAUGUGACACGCCGCGUCCGUGGCAGCAACAACACCCACAACACGCGGCGCUGGCAACUUGAGGCCUAAUAACACUUCAUGUUCACUUAUAUAGAUGCAGAAUAUCAUAAGACAUUCAACUAAUGAGAGAAGUUAAACAGUGCCUCUGCUCUUGAGAUUGGCUGCUUGGCAGUGUUGAGGGGUUUCGCUUGGAUGUCUUUGACAGGGCAAGAUUGUGUGUUACCUGUUGCCAAGUUGUUGUAAUAAGUCUUCUUUUCGAUUAACUUAAAAACAUUCACACGAAUGAUUUCUUUUGUUUCAUGAGAUUGCUUUUCUGGACAAUAUUUAUUAAAAUCAAAGAUCUUUUUGCAGCGAUGUGGGUGGUGAGAUUUACAUUCUGUAUAUCCUUCACUCUAUUCAUAGGUCAUUUAGAAUCAGCCUCUCUGAGACACGUGUUGCGGCGACACAUUUCAGAGCUGCUCAUGUUUCGCCAGCCGAUAGACUUGCCCAAGGUGGGACGGGAAAGGUGAAGGGAAGAAAUAAAGCUCAUAUCAAUUCUCACCUCAAUAACCGUUAAUCACUAAAAAAUAGAAUACACAUACGUACCUAAGAUUCCAGCGCGUGCCUUGGUGCUUAAAGACCAAUCCCUUUCUUCUCUCUUUCUCUUUCUCUCUUCACAUUUAAUUCUGAGCAAUGGGUAACUUUCAGGCCACAUGACGCUAUAAAUAUUCAUGCCUGACAUCACUGAAUCUCAGAGUAAUGCAUUUUAAAACUGCUUCCAAUUAAUUAAUAUCGCGGAGGAAGCCACCAGGUACCACAGGCUUCCUCCGUCAAGGCAGAGAAAGUCCUCCGUCUCACUUCCUCAGAAAGACCCAAAUGAAACUCACCAGUGCACAAGACAAAGAGAGGAAAAGGGAAAAGAAAAAUCGAGUCCGUCCUUAACUCAAAAUAUAUUCUAGUCAUCCCGUUUGUGCCAUAUGUUGAUACAGACUAUAUUUAUGCCUUAGACGAUAGGGUUGAAGGUUUAAUAAGAGUAAUAUAUUCCGUGGGGUCGCGGUGGUCGUUCUCAUUAGUGGUAGAGCAGGUGGGUCGUGGUCGUUGGUGGCGGGAGGGAGGGGUGGUUGUGGUAGGUGUAGGGCUGUGCUGGGGCUGUGUGUGUGUUUGGCAGUAGAGGUGGGUGAGAUUCUUUUGCUGUGGGAGAUCUGUGGAGUGUGUUUUUCCUUCUCAUUUUUUAUUAUUUUUUUAUUUCCUGUUUUGUCUUCUUCUCUUUGGUUUUGCUGUUCAUGCUUUUAAAUUGUGUUUUGUCAUUGAUUUGUUUUCUUGUUUUAAUAUCUUCUUUUAUAUUUACAUUUCCUCUCUCUCUCUCUCUCUCUCUCUCUCUCUCUCUCUCUCUCUCUCUCUCUCUCUCUCUCUCUCUCUCUCUCUCUCUCUCUCUCUCUCUCUCUCUCUCUCUCUCUCUCUCUCUCUCUCUCUCUCAUCUUUAAAGUUAAAUGUCUCCUUCUGCAUUACAUCUGAUUUACUUCUCACUGUUCACCUCCAUUAGACUUCGCAGCAUAAAACUUCCCCCUCACUAUUUUUUUUCUUCUUUUUUACCCUUUUUUAAUAGUUGGUUACAAACUGAAUUCUUGCCUACUACGUAUACAUUUAAGUUCAUUGUGAGCAUGUGCGAGAAGACUUUUGAAAGAUUUAUUACUUAUGUUUGUUUAGCUCUUAGUCUACUUCAGCUGUGCCUUAGAAACCUGUUACAGCAGUGCCUUCAAUUAAUCACUCAGUCUAUCUAUUAAUUAUCUGAUCUAAUUUUACUCCCAUCUAUCUAGCCAUCUAUCUAUCUAUCUGUCUAUCUAUCUAUCUAUCUAUCUAUCUAUCUAUCUAUAUCUAUCAUAUUAAAAACGGGAAGUAGGGUGUUCUCUGCACCACUUUCUUUGCCUCAUCCGUCAUGCUCUCUCUCUGUCUCUGUGUCCUGUGCAGCGUGUUAGCAUCUUUAUAAUGGAGCUCGUGCGAUGAAUGAGUGUGAGCGUCUCGUAGAAUACACGUGGGAAUUCAAUUAAGGGAUACAAAGGUGAAGGUCGCAGGAUUGGAAUCUUCUUAAGAAUCACUUAGUAUGUAGCUUAAGAAGGUUUACAUGUAUCCAGGACUUAAUUGUGUGCUUUGUUCUCUACAGUUAUGGUUUUGUGUGUGUGUGUGUGUGUGUGUGUGUGUGUGUGUGUGUGUGUGUGUGUGUGUGUGUGUGUGUGUGUGUGUGUUUGUGUGUGUUUGUAUGUACUACUCAAGUUCAAAUAAAAAGUGUCAUGUAUUUAUCUUGUGAUUUCA